GGAGAACGGAAGUAGAGCGUUCUCAGGCUCAGGGAGCUAGACGAACAUAACCUCUUUCAUGGUUACACAUUUGAUAAGAGGAGGAGCGACUGAGGGAAGUUUUGACAUAGAAAACUGCUUAUAUGCAGAAAUAAUCGACGCCGUGACACAAGUCGAGUGCUGCCAGGUCAGGAUGAGUCAGCUAACCCACGCCGAACAGAAACAACACGAGUGCACGGUUUGCCAGAAGUUGUUUGCCAAGGCUUCCAAUCUACGACAACAUCUGCUAACCCAUACCGGUGAGAAACCAUACGGCUGCACGGUGUGCCAGAAGAAAUUUUCUGAAUCUGGCAGUCUGCGGAAACAUCUGCGAACCCAUACUGGAGAGAAACUAUUCGAGUGCACGGUGUGCCACCGUAAAUUUUCCGAAUCUGGCAGUCUGCGGAAACAUUUGCGAACCCAUACUGGAGAGAAACUAUAGCAGUGUACUGUGUGCUAGAAGACGUUCUCCCGGGCUACUCAUCUGCGGGGACAUCCACGAACCCGUACCGGUGAGAAACCAUUCGAGUGCACAGUGUGCCACAAACUUUUGACCGAAACUGGGUGCCAUUUGCGACAGCACACUGUGAAAGAUAUGUCGCAUAAUAAUCAAGUAUGACAAAUCUAUUGAGAAACCAGAUUCCUAUAUCAGUACCUUUACUUUUACGUUGAAAUUAAUAAAAAUUACUGACAACAUGGUUA